AUGGCUUUCGCUGCAGCAGCUCUCACACACACCAGCUCCUAUGCCGCCAUAAUCUCGACGCCAUUCACACAAAACCGGAGACGAAUUCCUGCACGACUUUGUGUGAUCAAAGCAGUGAAGUCCUCAGAACCGUCGCAGAAUGACAAAGCUUCAGAAGCAGCCGCGCCACAGGUUAAAGAAGAUUCCUCUAAUGCGCAGUCUUCUGCAUCCUCAGCGGCAGCUCCGAAGUCGCCGCCAAAGAAGCCUGUUUACUCCAUGAAGAAAGGUCAAAUUGUUAGAGUGGACAAGGAAAAGUACCUCAACAGUAUAAAUUAUUUGUCCGUAGGGCACCCACCGUAUUACAGAGGUUUGGAUUACAUAUAUGAAGAUCGGGGAGAGGUGCUUGACUUGCGCAUAUUUGAUACAGGCGAAUAUGCAUUAGUUGCUUGGGUUGGAAUACCAACAGCUCCAGCUUGGCUUCCCACAGACAUGCUUAUCAAGUCAGAAAAGCUCGAUUAUGAGAGAAUUUAAUCGAUGCAAGAAGGCGACACAGGUGAUGUCAAAUUAUAUUGUAUGAAUGUUAGAAAAAUCAGCUGCCAAUUACUAUAAACUGAUAAUGUUAAGCUGUUGUGUCAUUCACUUCAAGCAAUUCACUAGCA